AUAACCCAUCUAAUGAAAGUGGGGUUACAGUAUUUUAAAUGGUUUGCAAAUUUGGAAAAAGCUGACCUAAACAUCCUGAACUGGAGCUUGUAAAACGCUCCGAUGCUCUCAGGUCCUGAGUCCAGACGCGGAUUCCUAGACCCGGUCUGAAGAUGCGGAGAAUAAUUUGACUCGGAUUCCUCUUCAUAGAGAAGAAGCAGCACCAGACCACGUGAGAGGACGCCUCAGACAGCCCGGCUCAUCUCAGCUGCUGACAUGGACUCCUGGACGUCCCCAGAAACAGACGCACAUUAGGCAGAGAUGCAUGAAUCUCCAGAGGGAGUAAUGGCUUGGCCGUGCAUCAGCAGAGUGUGCUGCUUGGCUCGCUUCUGGAACCAGUUCGACAAGUCGGACCUGUCCGUCCCGCUGACUAUCCACAACUACUCGGACAUUGCCGAGCAGGAGGUGCGCUCCGUCACCAAGCAGAUCAGCGAGUCGGAGAGCGCGCCCGGGAAUAACUACACCAUCCCGCGUAAAGGCUCCCCACAGGCGCCCUCUGAUGGGACGCGCGGAUCUUUCAGGGCACGGAAGGAGCCCAGCUACAAGCCCCGGGAGGACUACCACCCACCUGGGGUGCCCUUCCCCAGCGUUACCCAGUACAAGCAGGAUUUCAAACCUUGGCCCAUCCCCAGGAAGGACAACUUCCCCUGGAUCAGUAACGGGGGGAGUAGGACUGAAGGUGUUCCGGACGGCCCCGGGGACAGAGAGGACAGGGGUUCGGGGCAGAGAUGGGUGAUGGAGGACAGCAAAACCAGCUCCUACAGGCAAGAGUACAGAGCAUGGACGGGGGUGAAACCAGCCAAAAGUGCAAGGAAAGCCCCCUCAGCUCAAUACUCCAGCCCUGGAACAGAGCCCACCCAAGUCCCACGUGAGACCAGCUACCAGGCUGCCUACAGCGGAGAGGUCAGCAGGUCCAUAGGAGUGAAUCAGGUGGACCACAUCCUCCCAUCUGCUGCCUCCACACAGCCUCCCCCUGUCACCCAGAACACCCCACAAGCUGGCAGCUCACCCAGCCCUUUCAACCUCCAGCAAAGCCUCUUGCCUGAGGGGUCCGAGCACACCAGGAGAGAGGAGCAUCUGGUGAAGACCAAACUCUCCCCGAACCCUUCUGCUGUCUUUCAAAGUGGAUCAAGGGUCUUCAACAUCUGACGGCUAUUGCAGGUUCUUCUCAGUCCCACUUCCAGCUCCGAUUUUACAGAAUCAGCCCCGGGAGGAGAUGGUCCCAAUUUGUUUCACAACACAAGAAUCUAUGCAAACGGAAUGUAUGAAGCUAACUGUCCCAAGUGGAGAGAGAGAGAGAGAGAGAGAGAGAGAGAGAGAGAGAGAGAGAGAGAGAGAGAGAGAGAGAGAGGGAGACAUUUCAUUUUACUCGCCCCUCUUCUCCUUGUUGCUAUGGAAAUGAAUAUGCAUGUAACAGAAUAGUUUUAAGACUAUCUUUUUUUUAGGUGAUAUAGACGCACAAGAAUCUAGCUGAGUGUGUGUGUGUGUGUCUGCUUUGAUGUCCUUUUAUUGUACAUAAUGUCGCCUCAGCACCAAUGAUUAAGAACACGGUUUGUCAUUCACAGCUUCCUUUGAGUGUGUUUAUGCUUUUUGAUGUUGCUAGAAAGCUGCUUGGAAAUAAGUUUUCCCUUUAUUUGCAUUUAGUUUGAUGUUUUAAGAUGUACUAUUUGUAUUGUUUAUUGUGAAUAUCACGGUGAGAAAAAGAACAGUUAUACAAUCUAAGUGGAAUUAUAAUAAAAGAUAAUUAAAUAGGUUCCUAGCACUUUCUCUGAAAGGACUUUUCCUUUUUUUAUUGUACAUUAUAGUAACUGAGUUGUUAAUAUGAAGGUUGUUUGUUGAAGAAUGUGCCAAGAAUGUGCAACCAUUAAAGCUGCAAUUGCAAAUCUGCAAAACAAGCUGGCUUAAAACAUGUUUCCUUGCCUCUUUACCAACGUUCUAACAUUGUAUAGCUAUAAAUAUAGCAUAGUGCUAUAAAUAUAUUGUGAAGAUAAAAAAUAAUAAAGUGGUUCUCGCAUUUUGUCUAAAAACCUCAGCCAAUAACACGGCUCGAUCUGAAACCAACAAUUAGACCAUCCAGUCGACGGUCUCACUUCCCUGGGUCCUCCAUUAAUUACACACUCGUGUUUUAAGCAGCAGAACACCACUGGUGUGAGAGGUUCAUCGCUCAUUAAUAUCAAAGAAGAAACAGCCGGCUGCUAUCGCUUCAACUUUAGGACAAACUAUCAGAGUCCCAAAAAGAAAAACACCAUUUGACAUUUGGAACUAGAAAACGACGACUGGUGUUUAGCGCCGUCUCGUUUCCUCUGGCAAUGAACGUUCCGGUAUCAGGCAGAUGGGAGGGUGAUAUCCAACAGGAGGGGUGAGAGUUCUGUGACGGCGUUUGUAUUUUAAAGCUAGCUUGUUUUGUAGGUUUGCUAGAACAGCUUUAAUAAUCUAAACAGCCACUUCUGCUCCAUCUUCAACUGAAUAAAAUCUCAAGAGUCAUAAAAUGUGGUUUUAGCUUUAAAUAGAUUAAGUGUCAUCAUGGAAAAAACUGUAAUAUGUUGGUGUUAUUAAUAAAACAAAGAGCCACAGUG